GGCACAGCAGCGACCCGUCCUAAGUCGACAGACGUCCUCUUUAGGUAUUGCAACAGGAUCUGAAGUACCCCCGAGGAUCUCAGAAACCAUGCCCAAGCCAGACAGCGAAGCAGGGACUGCCUUCAUUCAGACCCAGCAGCUCCAUGCAGCCAUGGCUGACACCUUCCUGGAACACAUGUGCCGCCUGGACAUUGACUCCGCACCCAUCACGGCCCGCAACACUGGGAUCAUCUGUACCAUUGGCCCUGCUUCCCGAUCUGUGGAGAUGCUGAAGGAGAUGAUUAAGUCUGGGAUGAAUGUGGCUCGGCUGAAUUUCUCUCAUGGAACCCAUGAGUACCAUGCAGAGACUAUCAAGAAUGUCCGUGCAGCCACAGAAAGCUUUGCAUCUGAUCCCAUUCUCUACCGACCUGUUGCGGUGGCUCUGGAUACAAAGGGACCUGAGAUCCGGACUGGACUCAUCAAGGGCAGCGGCACCGCAGAGGUGGAGCUGAAGAAGGGAGCCACACUGAAGAUCACCCUGGACAACGCCUACAUGGAGAAGUGCGACGAGAACAUCCUGUGGCUGGACUAUAAGAACAUCUGCAAGGUGGUGGAGGUGGGCAGCAAGAUCUACGUGGACGAUGGGCUCAUCUCCCUGCAGGUGAAGGAGAAAGGUGCUGACUACCUGGUGACAGAAGUGGAAAAUGGUGGCUCCUUGGGCAGCAAGAAGGGCGUGAACCUGCCUGGUGCUGCUGUGGACCUCCCUGCUGUGUCAGAAAAGGACAUCCAGGACCUGAAGUUUGGGGUGGAGCAGGACGUGGACAUGGUGUUUGCGUCUGUCAUCCGCAAGGCGGCUGACGUGCAUGAGGUUAGGAAGGUCCUGGGAGAGAAGGGCAAGAACAUCAAGAUCAUCAGCAAAAUCGAGAACCAUGAAGGUGUCCGCAGGUUUGAUGAGAUUUUGGAGGCCAGCGAUGGAAUCAUGGUAGCUCGUGGUGACCUGGGCAUUGAGAUUCCGGCAGAGAAGGUCUUCCUAGCUCAGAAGAUGAUGAUUGGACGAUGCAACCGAGCUGGGAAGCCAGUCAUCUGCGCCACCCAGAUGCUGGAGAGCAUGAUCAAGAAGCCACGCCCCACCCGUGCUGAAGGCAGUGACGUGGCCAAUGCAGUCCUAGAUGGAGCUGACUGCAUCAUGCUGUCCGGAGAAACAGCCAAAGGGGACUACCCUCUGGAGGCUGUUCGCAUGCAGCACCUGAUUGCCCGAGAGGCAGAGGCUGCCAUCUACCACUUGCAGUUAUUCGAGGAACUCCGCCGCCUGGCGCCCAUUACCAGCGACCCCACAGAAGCUGCCGCCGUGGGUGCCGUGGAGGCCUCCUUCAAGUGCUGCAGUGGGGCCAUUAUCGUGCUCACCAAGUCUGGCAGGAGUGCUCACCAAGUGGCCCGGUACCGCCCAAGGGCUCCUAUCAUUGCUGUGACACGCAAUCCCCAGACAGCCCGCCAGGCCCAUCUGUACCGUGGCAUCUUUCCUGUGCUGUGUAAGGAUGCCGUACUGGAUGCCUGGGCUGAGGACGUUGAUCUUCGUGUGAACUUGGCCGUGAAUGUUGGCAAGACCCGAGGCUUCUUCAAGAAGGGAGAUGUGGUCAUUGUGCUGACUGGAUGGCGCCCUGGCUCUGGCUUCACCAACACCAUGCGUGUAGUGCCUGUACCAUGAUGAUCCUCUGGAGCUUCUCUUCUAGCCCCUGUCCCUUCCCCUCCCCUAUCCUAUCCAUUAGGCCAGCAACGCUUGUAGUGCUCACUCUGGGCCAUAGUGUGGCGCUGGUGGGCUGGGACACCAGGAAAAAUUAAUGCCUCUGAAACAUGCAAUAGAGCCCAGCUAUUUUUCAUGGCCCUACUUGAGCCAGGGGUGAAGGAGGAAUGCAGGAUUGGAAACCCUCUGACUUUAUCACAGAAGGGCAGCAUUAUCUCUGUGUUCUUUGCUCCUGUAGAAAGUUUUCCAGAGAAUUCCCAGCCCUGGCCUGGAAUCAGGAGACAGCAAGAACAGAGGCUGGGGGCCCAGGGUUCCCAUGUAG